AUGGCGGCUCCCGAGCCUGCGCCCAGGCGGGGCCGGGAGCGGGAGCGGGAGCGGGAGGAGGAGAGCGAGGACGAGAGCGACAUCCUGGAAGAAAGCCCGUGUGGCCGCUGGCAGAAGCGGCGCGAGCAGGUGAACCAGGGGAACAUGCCCGGCGUCCAGAGCACCUUCCUGGCCAUGGACACGGAGGAGGGCGUGGAGGUGGUGUGGAACGAGCUGCGCUUCAGCGACAGGAAGGCCUUCUCUGCCCACGAGGAGAAGAUCCAGACCAUGUUCGAGCAGCUGGUGCUGGUGGACCACCCCAACAUCGUGAAGCUGCACAAGUACUGGCUGGACGCCUGCGAGGCCCGCGCCAGGGUGGUCUUCAUCACGGAGUACGUGUCCUCGGGCAGCCUCAAGCAGUUCCUCAAGAAGACCAAGAAGAACCACAAGGCCAUGAACGCGCGGGCCUGGAAGCGCUGGUGCACGCAGAUCCUGUCGGCGCUCAGCUUCCUGCACGCCUGCAGCCCUCCCAUCAUCCACGGGAACCUGACAAGCGACACCAUCUUCAUCCAGCACAACGGCCUCAUCAAGAUCGGCUCCGUCUGGCACCGCAUCUUCUCCAACGCGCUGCCCGACGACCUGCGGAGCCCCAUCCGCGCGGAGCGGGAGGAGCUGCGGAACCUGCACUUCUUCCCGCCGGAGUACGGAGAGGUGGCCGACCGCACCGCCGUGGACAUCUUCUCCUUCGGGAUGUGCGCGCUGGAGAUGGCAGUGCUGGAGAUCCAGGCCAACGGGGACACGCGCGUCACCGAGGAGGCCAUCGCGCGGGCCCGGCACUCGCUGAGCGACCCCAACAUGCGGGAGUUCAUCCUCUCCUGCCUGGCCCGGGACCCCGCCCACAGGCCCUCUGCCCACAACCUCCUCUUCCACCGUGUGCUCUUCGAGGUGCACUCGCUGAAGCUGCUGGCCGCUCACUGCUUCAUCCAGCACCAGUAUCUCAUGCCUGAGAACGUGGUGGAGGAGAAGGCCAAGUCGAUGGACAUGCACGCGGUGCUGGCGGAGAUCUGCCGGCCGGGCCGGCCCCCUGUGCAGUGGCGGUACUCCGAGGUCUCCUGCAUGGAGCUGGACAAGUUCCUGGAGGACGUCAGAAACGGGAUCUACCCCCUGAUGAACUUCGCUGCCGCGCGGCCCCUGGGGCUGCCCCGCGUGCUGGCCCCGCCCCCGGAGGAGGCCCAGAAGGCCAAGACGCCCACGCCAGAGCCCUUCGACUCGGAGACCAGAAAGGUGAUCCAGAUGCAGUGCAACCUGGAGAGGAGCGAGGACAAGGCCCGCUGGCAUCUCACGCUGCUGCUCGUGCUGGAGGACCGGCUGCACCGGCAGCUCACCUACGACCUGCUCCCGACGGACAGCGCCCAGGACCUCGCCGCAGAGCUGGUGCACUAUGGCUUCCUGCACGAGGACGACCGGACCAAGCUGGCCGCCUUCCUGGAGAGCACCUUCCUCAAGUACCGCGGAGCCCAGUGA